CGGCGAGAUCGUUCUGUAUUUUGCAGCUUCGGUACUCUCAUAUACAUCCGCAAUGCGGCAUUUGACACACCACCAAGGCGUGAGUCGGUUACAGUACAACUAAGGUGUGAUAUGUCAUCAGAUUGGCAAGGGACUACUUCACUGAUUGACGUGAACCAGAAUGACGGCACAUGAAUAUGAUGGAAAGUGUCAAGUGAUUCCUUCAGAUCUUAGUGACCUUCACGACUUGACAGACUCGAAAGGUCACGGCUUUAUGUGUUGGCUGCAUGAUGGCCUGUAUCUGCCAUUUGGGCCACCAUUACAAAAUAUAGCAGGGAAUCCACUUGAAAACUACAAAAACAUAAAAGCUGCUCAACUGAACGAAGAUGACGUGGUGGUGUGCGCGUAUCCUAAAUGCGGAGAGUGUUACCUCGUCCAUAUUCAAAUCGAGAAAUCGAGCCAGGAAGAGAAACAGGAGCGAAAACCUGACUUUAGGAGACGACAGUAUGGCCUUGCAGAAAGAGAGUCCAAGACUUUGCUUUGUUCACAGAUCCGACCCAGGGCCAGAAAGUGUGUUUGCGCCUGAGAUUGCUUUGGUGGAUCUCAACAACUCUAAGGGCCAUGGCUUUAAGUGUUAUCAGUACGAGGGUAUAUAUUGGAGUUUGUGGCCUCAUCAAAUAUCCAAGGGGAAAAGUCCAGUUGAAGAAUUCAAACGUCUAAAAGAAUGCACAAUGGAAGAGGAUGACAUCAUCAUAUGUGCAUAUGCCAAAUGUGGAACCCACUGGCUGUGGGAGGUUAGCGAGAUGCUCAAAAGUGGAACCAUUCAGUAUAAGAAGGAGACGAAAGAGACCCGAAUGAUAGAGUUUAUACAAAAAGAGGGAAUCGACAGUCUACAAAAGCCCAGAAUACUGAACACACAUCUUCCUCUGCGCAUGCUCCCUACACAGGUCGUGGAGAAGAAGGUCAAGUGUAUCCAGAUCAUGCGCAAUCCUAAAGAUGUAUGUGUGUCUUUUUACAACCACAAGAAGAACAUAUUACCUUCCAUUGGCUACGACGGGGACUUCGUGGAGUUCACAGAGGCGUUUUUGUCGGGGAAAUUGCCGUUUGGAUCCUACCACAACUACCUGCUGACAUGGCAGAAAGAAGUAGCCAGAGAACCGAACCUACCUGUACUCACCCUGCACUAUGAGGUCAUGAAGGUGAAUCCUGUCAGGUGUAUAAAAGACAUUGCCACAUUCCUGAAUAUUACUGUAACAGAUACAUUCUGUGAAGGUAUAGCCGAGGCGUGCAGCUUUGAUAAAAUGAAGCAGUUUGACAAAGAGGAAAAGCACAUGCAUUUGUCACUCUGGAAGGAAGGAUCUGGGGGGUCCUUUUACAGAAAAGGUGAGGUUGGGGACUGGAAGAACUGGUUCACGGUUGCAGAGAACGAGAAAUUUGAUCGCAUUUGGAAUGACAAAGUGAAGGAAUCUGGCAUCCAAUUCAUGUACACAUUGUGAGACUGUACAUUGGUGAAUCGUUUGUCAAAGUGCUGAAGAAACUUUUCAUCAGCUAAUCUAAGUGGCAUUCCAUUGUGGUGAGGAAGACCCCAAACCCUUCCGUAUUUGAUAAUAUAUUGCAGUUAUAAAAGAUAAACGGUUUUGAGGUGGUCCAAUAAAAGCCUGAUCAGGAA